CAGGGUUGUAGAGCGAGUGAGGGGCGGAGCGGCGGUGACGUCACGGCGCGGCGGAGUGCGGCGGGGGAUGGCGGUGACGUCACGGCGGGCGGGUGAGGGCGGCGAUGGCGGUGACGUCACGGCGAUGGCGGCGCCGGGCCGGGCUCUCCCCUCAGGGCCCUCCUCCAAGUGGGACAUCCGGGAGAAGGUGUGGGAGCACCUGGAGGCCUCCGGUCUGGCCGAAUUCCCGCGGCCCGUGCGCGGCCGCAUCCCCAACUUCAAGGGCGCCUCCCAUGCUGCCACGAGGCUUCUGGGCUUGCAGGAGUUCCAGGCUGCCUGGCUCUCUCCAGGCCUGCUGCUCUCUCAGGGAGCUGGAUGCGUUCAGCAGAGCACGGGAGGUGAAGGUGGAUCCUGACAAACCUCUGGAAGGUGCCCGGCUGGCGGCUCUGCAGGCAAGGAAGACUUUGCUGGUUCCCACACCACGUCUGAGGACUGGGCUGUUCAAUAGGAUUGUUCCCCCUCCAGGUGCAACCAAGGAGAUCCUGAGAAGAUGUGCCACGUCUCAGGGUGUAAAAGACUACAGCGUGCCUGUGGGGCUGGAUGGGAAAGCACAAGUGGAUUUGGUUGUGGUGGGAUCAGUGGCUGUCUCUGAAAAAGGCUGGAGAAUUGGCAAAGGGGAAGGUUAUGCAGACAUGGAAUAUGCAAUGAUGGUGUCCAUGGGUGCAGUGCAGGAGGACACACCUGUGGUUACCAUCGUGCACGACUGCCAGGUGCUUGACAUAGCAGAGGAGAUCCUGGAUGAUCAUGAUUUAACUGUGGAUUACAUCCUCACUCCAACAAGGACUAUCCAGACUAACUGCAAACGACCAAAACCUCAGGGAAUAAUGUGGCACAAGGUCAGCUCUGAGAUGCUGGGAAAAAUCCCCAUCCUAAAGACUCUUCAAUCCAGGGAGAAGCAGGCUGGCAAGGAUGUCACCCUCCAAGACGAACAUCCAGCCCUGGCAAACACCAACAGAGCAGCAAUUUCAACCAAGAAGCUGAUGGCUGCAAAUACCCAACCACAGGCUGCUCCAGGCUCAGCUCCAGUGGGACAACCCCGUGUGGAAAGUGAUCCUGUGAAGCCCAGAUCAGAGGGAUCUGACACAAUUAGCACUGUGUACGUGGGGAACUUGCCUGGCAGGCUGAGGGGAAGGGCUCAAGGAAAGUUUUGGAGCUGCAUCCAGCCCUGGGAUCCCAGCACAGGAAGGACGUGGAGCUGUUGGACAGAGUCCAGAGGAGACACCAGGAUGAGCAGAGGGAUGGAGCAGCUCUGCUGGGAGGAAAGCCCAGCCUGUAACCAGGGCCCAGAUUUGUUUGGACAAACAUCUGGAUGUUUUUCUGUUUGCAGUUGUGGUUCUGGGUGGAGCCCACAGGUGAGCAGUGUCCAAAAUCUUGGCUCUUUCCAGCCUGUCACUUUUUUCUGUCAUGUAUUUCCAAGCCACAUUUCACUGCAUUUACCCAAUAUCCUGUUGCUUUCCCAGCUGAGAGUUAAACUCCAAACCAUGCUGUGAAGAGAUGCUAACUGGGGUUAUCCAACAGGUUGGAAAUCAGGAGGAAUUUCUUCAUGGAGAGGGUGGUCAGGAAUUGGCAGGGGCUGCCCAGGGAGGGGGUGGAGGUGUCCAGGGACGGGCUGGACGUGGCACUCACAGCUCUGGGCUGGUGACAAGGUGGGGAUGGGUCACAGAUUUGAUUUGACAAUCCUGGAGCUCUUUUUCAACUUUCAUGAUUCUAUGAAUUGUAGUUAAGAAGAAAAAUAAUUACUGUAAUCUUAAGUUUAUUAGCAUUUUGAAUGGACUGGAAAAAUGCUGCAGUGAUCCUUGUAUUUUUGAUGCAGGUAACUAAUAAAAGUCAAGGUCUUUCAGGUACUGCUAUCUCAGUCAGUAAAUCCUUCUCUGAAAUCAGUGCAGAUCUACCUUGGAGAGUCAGGGAAACAGGAGCAGGGAUGGAGCUCCUGAUGCUGCUGCUCUCCAGCUAAAAGACAUUUCAGUGCCAGCUGCCAAACUGCUGUUGAAUUAAAUUAAAAUAAUGAAACACAAGAGUGGCCAAAGCACAGCCCUUCACGGCCUUCUGGUGUCUCCAGCUGUAUGAUGUGGAAUUUCUCUUGUGGGUUGACCCUAAAGGAAACAGAUUGUGUAGAAAAAGUGAAUGGGGCAGUCUGCCUCUGUCAGAGCUAUUGUUCCAGGCUCUCUGCAUGCUCAGGAAGGCAUCCCUUAGAGCAAAGUCAGGAGGGGUUUCUGUAAGUCCACAAAACUCUGAAAUGCAGCAGAUUUUAUUGAAUCCUUGGGUUCUGAUCUCAUAAGAAAUCUCGAGGAAUUGAAGCCUGCUUAUGUUUUAUUUCAGCCCAGAUCAAGGCUGUGCAAGAUACCAACAAUGUAACCAUAAAAUCCAUACCCUGAAACAUUCUCUGACUGAGUUACAGCCUUUAAAGAGCAGAAUACUUCUCAAGUGUUUAUUCCUCAUUCUGUACUGCUGUAGCUGUGACCUGUGCACAAAGAUACAAAAUGUGCCUCCUCUCAGGUGGAUCAUGGCCCAGUUUUACUGCUCAAGACUCAUCAG